AUUGCCUGAAGAACUUGGGGAGCUCGAGCACAUGGAAAGCAAGUACAAGAAAAUGACUCGCUUGGUAUUAGACACAUUGAUGGAGAUCCGAAGCGGAAGUUCGACACCUGGUGAUCACUCACUACCGCCUAUGCAAUUAUGAAUUUCAAGCUCAUAUACCGUCCUUUACAAGCGAAGGCUUUAGUUUAACUGCCCUGUCCCCUGUGGUGGAAUGGCAUGAUAAGUUAUAGAUUAUGAUCUCGUGAAAUCGUUGUCUCGGUCUGAUUCUAUUCCACCGUAUCAAACAGGAAAUCAAAUAUUUCUAUCCCAUAGAUAUUUUCAACAUUUGUGAAAUAUAUCUUGCAUUGCUAACCAAAAUAGUAAUUGUCUGGCUUUUCUUUCGUUGAUGAUGAAUCACACUCUUUACAACUCGGGUGGGGAAAGGCAAGAAAAGAUGAAAUGCAAUUACCAUGAUUUAACUAAUAUCGGAUAGUCAGUAAGUUCUACUUAUAAAAUUCGGGUGUGGUGCUAAUUUUGUGAUACCUUAUCAACACCGCCUCUCUUCCCAAGAUUCCAAACUCCAGGUGAAAUUUGGAAAGCUCUUAUGUCAAUUCUGGCUGAAGUUCCCGGUUUCCUACAAGUUUUCUCCGAUGGAUCUGUGCUGCGCUUAGCACCUGAUCAUAUUGCGCCUGCCUCCCCGACCGAAUCAUCCAUUGGGUAUAUGUCCAAGGAUGUGAUAAUCGAUGCCUUGAAACCGGUGACUGCAAGGAUGUUUAUCCCCUCGACUUCAGGUUCCCGAGAUUCACUCCCCGUUUUGGUCUAUUUUCACGGUGGUGGGUUCUGCAUUGGGUCGACCACCUGGUAUGGCUACCACCACUUCCUGGGGGACCUGUGUGCCGCAGUUCGGUGCAUUGUUCUCUCUGUCGACUACAGGCUGGCCCCAGAGAACCGCCUCCCCAUAGCUUACAAAGAUUGCUAUAGCUCUCUGGAAUGGCUAGGCUGCUGUCAGAGCACUGAGCCGUGGCUCGACCGAGCCAACCUUUCAUGCUUGUUCAUGUCUGGGGACAGUGCAGGGGGCAACAUAGCUCAUCAGGUGGCCAUCAUGGCAACUCAGGAUCAGGUUCCUGGCAUACAAAUUCGCGGUAUAAUACUGAUACAUCCUUACUUCGGGAGUGAGAAGAGGACUGCGGAAGAGUUGGCUGAUGGAUCUGCCUCAUACGUCGCGAUGAAUGACUUGUUCUGGAAUCUGAGCAUUCCAGAAGGCUCUAACCGGGACUACUCCGGAUGCAACCUUGAGGCGGCAGAAAUGUCUCCUGAAGAAUGGGAUCGGUUUCCUAGUGUGAUGGUUUUCGUUGCAGGCCUAGAUUUCCUGAAGGAAAGAGGAGUAAGCUAUGCCGAGUUUAUGCGUAAGAGAGGGGUGAAGAACGUCAAGCUUGCCGAAGCUGAGGGAGAGCAGCAUGUGUACCAUGUAUACCAUCCCAAGUCUGAAGCGACCCGCCUGCUGCAGAAACAGAUGAGUGACUUCAUGGCAGCUUUUGGAACCAAGGGCUAA